CUUCUUUCGCGGGGACAAAUUGAAUUGAAAAAGAUGGAAGGAUCGGGCAUUUUGCGGCUCUACGAAAUUGAGUACUCGGAUCUCAUGCUUCUAUCAUCAUCGUCCUCAUCGUGUUCACAUUAUCAGGAGAAAAUCAUAAUGGAAAACCUGGGCCCGUUGGGUCCGGGUCUCCUUUCUGUUACAAACGUCCCCGACGCUUCGAUUCUCCGACGAAAGUUACUCCCUCUUGCUCGCAAGCUGGCUCUCCUUAGCCGCGAAGACCGCCAACGUAUACUCAGAGACCACAACUUGGGGAGUGAUGUUCCAUUGAAAAACCCAGAUAGGAAUGUCUCCUCUUUUGCGAUGCAGCUCAAGUAUGAUCAAGGUCUAGAAUGCAUUGGAAGAAAACCAAGCCACAAAUAUGAAAAUAUGGAUGGAAUCAGUGAUUUUGAGGAUGACGGAUUUGAUAAUCUUGAGCAUAUGUUCAAGGCACUAGGAUUUUGCAUGAUGGAAAUUGCUCUCUGUCUUGCUCGAAUAUGUGAUAGGGACAUUGGAGGCAAUGAGCUUGAGCAAAGUUUAUUGGAAUCAUGUGCAGCAAAAGGGCACCUUAUACAUUACCACUCAAUGGUAGACAACAUUAUUCUUAGAGAAGCUGGUCAAAGGAAGGGAACAAGUAAAAGCAAUAACCACGCAAGAAGGAAAGAAAUUUUAUUGAAAAGUAAUAACUUGGAAACAAAUGGUAAUGAAGUUAGGUCAUCUGAAAUUCAUGCCAACCUAUGGCAACAGUGGCAUUAUGACUAUGGUAUCUUCACCGUUCUAACUGAUCCCAUGUUUCUCACGUCCUCACGCCAAGCAGCAGAAAACAGUGAAGUUUCUGUUUCUAGUGAUCAAGAAUGUACUUCACCAAGUGGGCAUUCUUAUUUGCAGGUUUUUCAUCCCAACAAGAAUAAAGUCCUCAUGGUAAAGUCCUCUCCUGAAAGCUUCAUUGUUCAGGUUGGUGAAUCAGCAGAUAUCUUAUCCAAAGGAAACCUACGAUCAACCCUUCAUUGCGUGCAGAGGCCAGCAAGGUUAGAAAAUUUAAGCAGAGAAACUUUUGUGGUGUUUUUGCAGCCAGCUUGGAGUAAAACUUUCUCAAUCUCAGAUUAUCCCAUGGAACAUUACAACCCAAGUUUUCAGCCUUUGGAGCAAGCGGAGGAAAAUAACUUCUCUGAUCAGGGCCAAAAUGCACUUACUCUAGAAAUUCAAAAAAUAGUUCCACCACUUUCAGCACGAUUGAAGGAUGGGAUGACAUUUGCAGAAUUCUCACGUGAAACAACAAAGCAGUAUUAUGGUGGCAGUGGUUUCCAAUCUAUUAAGUGAUUAGCUCAUUAGAUAUCUUUCCUCUGUAAGGACAUAGGAUGUUCAUGUUGGUAGGGCUCAGGCUUUCAUCAUAUAGGCAUCUUUACAAGAGGUUUAAACCUCAUACUUUUCCUCACAUUCGCAUGCAUUUACUCUUAUUGUUCCCUCACUGAUAUGUGCCAAAUGCAGACUAUGCAGUAAUUCACUCCUAUUCUAUAUUCUACCUUGUGGCAUUGAUUUUCCAGCUCACUUGUAUUAUCUUCUGCAUAAUAGAAAUGCCGUUCUUUAUUUUAAGUAGUUAAUAAAUGUUUUGUUUGCACUCU